CGGGCCGAGCCUAGAGACGUCGGCCUGGCUGGUCCACGCCAGCCGCAGACAGGGGCUGAGCAUGGAGCUGUCCCCUCGCAGCCCUCCCGAGAUGCUGGAGUCGGAUUGCCCGUCACCUCUGGAGCUGAAGUCAGCCCCCAGCAAGAAAAUGUGGAUUAAGCUUCGGUCGCUGCUACGCUGCAUGGUGAAGCAGUUGGAGAAUGGGGAGGUCAACAUCGAGGAGCUUAAGAAAAACCUGGAGUACACAGCUUCCCUGCUGGAGGCCGUCUAUAUAGAUGAGACUCGGCAAAUCUUGGACACAGAGGACGAGCUUCAGGAGCUUCGGUCAGAUGCUGUGCCUUCAGAGGUGCGGGACUGGCUGGCCUCCACCUUCACCCAGCAGGCCCGAGCCAAAGGCCGCCGAGCAGAGGAGAAGCCCAAGUUCCGCAGCAUCGUGCACGCUGUGCAGGCUGGGAUCUUCGUGGAACGGAUGUUCCGGAGAACGUACACCUCUGUGGGUCCCACCCAUUCCACUGCGGUCCUCAACUGCCUCAAGAACCUGGACCUCUGGUGCUUUGAUGUCUUUUCCUUGAACCGGGCAGCAGAUGACCAUGCUCUGAAGACGAUUGUUUUUGAGUUGCUGACUCGGCAUAGCCUCAUCAGCCGCUUUAAGAUUCCCACGGUGUUUUUGAUGACUUUCCUGGAUGCUUUGGAGACAGGCUAUGGGAAGUACAAGAACCCUUACCACAACCAGAUCCAUGCAGCUGACGUCACCCAGACAGUUCAUUGCUUUUUGCUUCGCACGGGGAUGGUGCACUGCCUGUCAGAGAUCGAGAUCUUGGCCAUCAUCUUUGCAGCAGCCAUCCACGACUAUGAGCACACAGGCACUACCAACAGCUUCCACAUCCAGACCAAGUCAGAAUGUGCCAUCCUAUACAAUGACCGCUCAGUGCUGGAGAAUCACCACAUCAGCGCUGUUUUCCGAAUGAUGCAGGAUGACGAGAUGAACAUUUUCAUCAACCUCACCAGGGAUGAGUUUGUAGAGCUACGGGCGCUGGUCAUUGAGAUGGUGUUGGCCACAGACAUGUCCUGCCAUUUCCAGCAAGUGAAAUCCAUGAAGACGGCCUUGCAGCAGCUGGAGAGGAUCGACAAGUCCAAGGCCCUGUCUUUGCUGCUCCACGCUGCAGAUAUCAGCCACCCGACCAAGCAGUGGUCAGUUCACAGCCGCUGGACCAAGGCCCUCAUGGAGGAAUUCUUCCGCCAGGGCGACAAGGAGGCAGAGCUGGGUCUGCCCUUUUCUCCACUGUGCGACCGCACUUCCACUCUCGUGGCACAGUCCCAGAUUGGUUUUAUCGACUUCAUUGUGGAGCCCACAUUUUCUGUGCUGACUGAUGUGGCUGAGAAGAGUGUCCAGCCCCUGGCGGAUGAGGACUCCAAGUCUAAAAAUCAGCCCAGCUUCCAGUGGCGCCAGCCUUCUCUGGACGUAGAAGUAGGAGACCCCAACCCUGAUGUGAUCAGCUUCCGCUCCACUUGGACCAAAUACAUUCAGGAGAACAAGCAGAAAUGGAAGGAGCAGGCAGCGAGUGGCAUCGCCAACCAGAUGUCCAUUGAUGAGCUGUCUCCCUGUGAGGAGGAGGCUCCGCCCUCCCCUGCUGAAGAUGAACACAACCAGAAUGGGAAUCUGGACUAGCCUGGGGCUGGCCCAAGUCCUUAGUGAGUCCAAAAUGUUUGAUGUCAUCAGCACCAUCCAUCCGGACUGGCUCCCCCAUCUGCUCCAAGGGAGCGUGGAGGUCGAGGAACACACAACCCACCCAAAGGCCAAAUGCUAGAGAUUGUGGGGUUGGGGGGAGGGCCCCUCCCCACCCGAUACCCAUUGGGUCGCACUUUAAUCUCCUGGCAGUGAGACUGGGGAACUUCAGGCUCCCAAUGGUCACUGUGCCCAUGUCCCUGCCUCUGGACUCCCCCUAUGGCCAGAUGGCUGUGUUGGAAAGGGGAGCUUCCUGGAGGCUUCCCAGGGCCUGGGGGGAGGGUCAGAGAUGCCAGCCCCUGGGCCCUCCCCCAUCCUUUUUGCCUCCAAGUUUCUAAGCAAUACAUUUUGGGGGUUCCCUCAGCCCCCCACCCCAGAUCUUAGCUGGAAGGUCUGGGUCCCCCAUUUCCUCCCCGGGAGGGGCUGGAAUAGUAUUGAAAGCUGGGGGGUUUUAAAGCCCUAUGUAUGUGGAGGGAAGUGGGCUUCUUCAGGGCACAGUAUCUUGCUAGGGACUGGGAAUGAGGGGGACAGCCUCUUUACCCUAGACCUGUGCUGCUUCAGCCCCAUCCCCGGCUCGACCCCUUGCAGUCUUGCCUCUCUCCCAUUCUAUAACGGCAGCUGGAGACAAGGACCAGGGGCUGAGAGGAGGUCUUUCCUGGGGUGCUCAAGAGCUUGGGACCAGUCUAGGCCCCUGGGGCUUGCUGUCUGCCAUGGCUAAUGCCUGAGCCCUUUGCCUCCUUCUCUCCCCUGGGGCUGGGAGUCUCCCAUCCGACCAAUGUCUGUAAAGUGCUUUGAGUCUGCCCAACAAAGCACCUUCAGGAUGCACCUUAUGAGCACAGGCAGAAGAGAAUGGCUGGGUCAGGGUCAAGGGUGCACGGUGGGGGAGGAUCCCUUUCCUUUCUCACCCUCCAUCACUGGCCCAGCAGCAGGCACCAAGAGGUCCCUCCUGUAGGACAGGUGGGGGAGUGGCUGGUAGAAGGCAGAUAGGGAGGGGCUCAUGGCUGCUGCUGUCAUGCAUUUGAAGAGCCCAGCCAGGCCCCCUGCCCCUUCCUCUGCUCAGGCUCCUCUCCCCGCACCCGGUGACCAAGUGACUAUCCUUCUCCUUUCUUGUAAAUACCAACCAUGCAUUUGUACAGUGGGUCCUGUUUGUGUGAAGUCCAUAUCCAUGGUCUCUUACACCUGCCACCUGUCCCUCCUGGCCCACCCUGAGUGGGGCAGAUGCAUGUGACUUGCCCCUGCCCUUGGUCUCCCAGAACCCUGCUAUAGUCAGAGAUCAAUAAAG